ACCAACUGGUGAGUGGGCGGGAACUUUGUCAGCUUCGCUCUGAUUGGUUGGCCGUUUGGCGCGUCACUUCCUCAGCGUUGAGCCCAUUGAGAGCGGUCUCUCUCGGCUCAUGUCCAAACGAGCAGCCUGCUUGUGCCUUAUCAACGCUCCCCUUUUUCGCACGAUGACAACUAUUCAGGAGACAAAGGAGCUCUUCAGGAGAGCAGAUGCUGUCUGCUUUGAUGUGGAUAGCACAGUCAUCAAAGAAGAAGGCAUCGAUGAACUCGCCAUAUUCUGUGGUGUGGGGGAUGCGGUCAGAGAGAUGACUCUUAAAGCCAUGGGCGGCUCAAUGACGUUUAAGAAGGCCCUCACUGAGCGUCUCUCCAUCAUCCGAUGUUCCAGAGAACAAGUAAACAAACUCAUAACGGAUCACCCACCUCAACUGACACCAGGCAUAAAGGAGCUUGUGGACCGUCUGCAUGAGCGCAACAUAAAGGUGUUCCUCAUUUCUGGUGGUUUUCGUUGCAUUGUCGAACAUGUGGCCUCUCAGCUAAACAUCCCUCUGCAUCAUGUCUACGCCAACCGACUCAAGUUCUACUUUAACGGCGAAUACGCUGGUUUUGAUGAAAGUCAGCCCACAGCUGAGAGCGGAGGCAAAGGAAAAGUGAUAAGCAUGCUGAAAGAGCAGAACGGCUUCAAAACAGUGGUGAUGAUCGGAGACGGAGCCACUGAUCUGGAGGCCUGCCCCCCAGCUAGUGCUUUCAUUGGAUUUGGAGGGAACGUCGUCAGAGCCCAAGUCAAGGAGAGAAGUUCCUGGUAUGUGAAGAGCUUCGAUGAGCUGCUGAAGGAGCUGGAGAAGAUUUAAACACGCUAGAAAAAUUCUGUUACCGAUUUAACCUUUUAUAUUUGCACCCAAAGGUGUGCCGGUGAAGCUUUUUAUCUAUUACACACUCAAUAGAUUUUUAUAGUUGAAUAUAAGUAUUUACACUAGACAGACUUAACAUUAAUGUUGAUUUUUUUGUACUAAAAAGGUAACUAAACACUGUCUGGAUGGACAUUAAGAAGUUAGUGUUUUUGUGCUUUUUACAUAAAAACCUUACAAGUUGUAGGCAUUAUGUUAUGGCAUGUGCAAUGAGAAUUGUAUUAAAAAUGUGUUCAGUACUAAAAGACCUGUAACCUGACUUGACUGUCAAAACUGUGGCAACUUCAGUCCUUUAAGGAGCAUCAAAAUUAAAGACGAGAACAUGCUGUAAA